CUCUUUUAAGUGCAAAGCCCUAGGUUUCCCACCAGUCACUGGAAAAAGAGGGCAGUCGAAGGACGGCAUCACAGACCUCACUUUUGUUGCGCAGCAGCCAAACCUCGAUCGACAAAUCCCCCACGAACGAACCACGACAUCUACCGGUCAAUCAAAACAAAUCGAUCAAGAUGGCUACUCCCGGUGCUGCUCAAAUCUCCAAGAGGAGAAAGUUCGUCGCUGACGGUGUCUUCUACGCCGAGCUGAACGAGUUCUUCCAGCGUGAGCUGGCUGAGGAGGGUUACUCGGGCGUUGAGGUCCGCGUCACUCCCACCGUUACCGACAUCAUCAUCCGCGCCACCCACACCCAGGAGGUCCUUGGCGAGCAGGGCCGCCGCAUCCGCGAGCUCACCUCGCUCAUUCAGAAGCGCUUCAAGUUCCCGGCCGACUCUGUCUCACUCUAUGCCGCCAAGGUACAGAACCGCGGUCUGUCGGCCGUCGCCCAGUGCGAGUCGCUCCGCUACAAGCUUCUGAACGGUCUGGCCGUCCGUCGCGCCUGCUACGGUGUCCUUCGCUUCAUCAUGGAGUCUGGCGCCAAGGGUUGCGAGGUCGUCGUCUCAGGCAAGCUCCGUGCCGCUCGUGCCAAGUCCAUGAAGUUCACCGACGGCUUCAUGAUUCACUCCGGUCAGCCCGCCAAGGACUUCAUUGACAGCGCCACCCGUCACGUCCUCCUUCGCCAGGGUGUCCUGGGUAUCAAGGUCAAGAUCAUGCGCGGCUCUGACCCCGAGGGCAAGGCCGGCCCCCAGAAGUCGCUGCCUGACGCCGUCACCAUCCUCGAGCCUAAGGAGGAGCAGCCCGUCGUUCAGCCCGUCAGCCAAGACUACGGCGCCAAGGCCGCCCAGGUCCAGGCUGCUGCUGAGGCCGCAAGGCAGGCUGAGCAGGGUGAGGGUGAGGAGCAGGAGCCCGCUGCCGAGCAAUAGGAUCGCCCGACGGUUGGUGCUAUCGCGGUUGAUGAGGAUCUUGUCGAUAUUGGUCAUCCGAGCCCUGCCGCCCAGCGUCAAGAGGUGCAGCAUGUGCACGAGCACUAUGCUGAGCAUACGGCUGCCACCUACGACGGCCAAGACGACCCUUUCAUGAUUGGAGGCCAGUCUUCGAAUGUCGCUGCUGACGCCAAUGAGGGCUAUUCCUUUGUUGAGGAGCAGAAUGAAGACGACCGAUGGAACACUGGUCCUGUCGGCGGCUGGUAAAUGUUUGCUGGGAGGAGGUUCUUGAAUUGGUUGAUGAGGAAAAGGCAGGCUGUCAGGCGUUUACUUGAUUCGCAUCUUUCUCUGAUUUUUUUUGUCCUGCAUUACUCUGCGAUCAACGGAAAUGGGAAAUGGAAAUACGGUUACUAUUUCCUCUGGCUGGUUUUGUACUUUGAUGAGUAACGGCACAAAACUCAGGCGGCUUGAAUGAUAUUGAAGCAAAAUCGAAGGUACUCGUGAUCAUGCUCUCCCAAGCGGUGAAGGACAAUUAGUUCUCAGCCUGCACACGUCAACCCUGCAUUUUACGCCCAGGUCUUGAGGUCAGUGCGCGAUAUCUUGCAUCAUAGCCCAAGCUACUAAUGAUAUCUAGGCGCCUCAUGGGCAUAUUGACGAGAAAUAUAAUAAUGAUAAAAAUCAUAAUCAAGUCCAUGCUAGUCAGUGUACUGUAGCUUUAUCCCUUCUCGGUCUGUAGUGUGAGAUGAUUCAUAGCAACAAUCCUACCUUACCUUUGCA